AUGACGCCCAAAGAUAAGUCAAAGGACAAAUCCUUUUGGUCCUCCAUCAAGGCCCUGCAGGCAGCAGCGGAAGACGUGAUAUAUCAUUCCAAAUCUUUUAAAACCCACGAAGAACUACAACAUAAAAACACAGAGCUUGAGAACCAACUCAAGGCCGCACAUUCGACAGUAGAGGAUCACAAACGGCAAUUGGAGGAAGAGCGUCAGAAGCAACAAACAUUAUUGACUGAAAAGGCACAUCUGAGUGACUUCCUGGAAGAGCGCGUCAAAGGCUGGAUGGAGAAAGAGAAGGAGCUUCUGGCCCAGUUACAGAAAACGAGGGAGGAUGCAGAAACGAGUCGCGACGCCCAGUUACACGACCUAUCAAGAAAGGUCCGGAAUCAAGACGAGCAGCUUCGCCGGGUCCGUACCGAACUAGGAGAAAAGGAUACGACAAUCGUCGGUCUACAAGGGCGCCUUGCACAGAGUCAACAAGAAGUUGAAGAAUUGAAACGGGCGACUCAACUGGAGGACUUUGGUCCUGAUCUGAUACAGAACAUCAAAGAGCUCGAGGUGGCCUUGCGCGACAUGGUUCAGAAAUAUUUCUACAAGGAUUUUCCGACUGAUAUCAGCCAGGUAUAUUCUCCAUCACUUACGUUGUGCUUUGAUACCGAUCUCUAA